CAUAUAAUUAAAGGCUCUCUCCUCUCUCAAAAGUAUAAGUACUUCGUUAAACUAUAUACAUCCACAAAAUGAUCAGUUGGAGCCGCGAUGCUCUUCCCUUCCUUCUCUUCCGCCUCCUCGCCGUGGCAAUUCUGUCGCAGCGCCACACCUUCAUGGUGGCUGCUGACGGUGGUGGAUGGCAGCUCUUGCAGAGGAGCAUCGGUGUUUCGGCCAUGCACAUGCAGCUCCUCCAUAACGAUCGCGUCAUCAUCUUUGACCGCACCGACUUUGGGAAGUCCAACCUGUCCUUGCCCGGUGGCAAGUGUAGGCGGGACCCGAACGACCAGGCCCUGAAGGUCGACUGCACCGCCCACUCAGUGGAGUUCGAUGUGGCGACCAACACGUUCCGGCCGCUCAUGGUGCUGACAGACACGUGGUGCUCCUCUGGCUCGGUCAUGCCAGAUGGGCGGCUAGUCCAGACUGGCGGGUUCAAUGACGGAGGACAAAAGGUGAGGGUAAUGGAGCCGUGUGGUGGUGGGUGCGAUUGGAAUGAAAUUGGUGAUGAAUUGGCAGCUCCGCGGUGGUAUGCGACCAAUCAGCUUUUACCAGAUGGACGGCAGAUUGUGAUCGGCGGGAGAAGGCAAUUCAACUACGAGUUCUACCCAAAGUCGACGAAGGCUCCUGGAGCAUAUUCCCUGCCCUUCUUGGCCCAAACCACCGACCCCAACCUAGAGAACAACCUCUACCCGUUUGUUCAUCUCAAUGUUGACGGAAACCUCUUCAUGUUCGCCAACAACCGAGCGAUUCUAUUCGAUUACGUUAGGAACAAGGUCGUACGGACCUAUCCCGCGCUUGGAGGUGAUCCCAGAAACUACCCCAGUAGCGGUUCAUCCGUACUUCUUCCAUUGGACUUACAGAUGGCAAAGGUCGAAGUCGAGGUGCUGGUAUGUGGUGGGGCCCCGAAGGGAUCCUACGUAGCUGCAAGCAAAGGCAACUUUGUCGGAGCACUGGGAACCUGCGGGCGGAUCAAGAUAAACGACCCAAACCCUAACUGGGCCAUAGAGACGAUGCCGAAGCGCCGGGUCAUGGGCGACAUGAUGCUGCUCCCCAACGGCGACGUUCUCCUCAUCAAUGGUGCUGGGGCCGGUACUGCUGGCUGGGAGUUUGGCCGGGGUCCUGUCCUGAAUCCGGUGGUCUAUCACCCGGCAGGGCCAGAAGGUAAACGGUUUGAGCUCCAAAACCCAACGACGAUACCGAGAAUGUACCACUCCACAGCGAUUCUCCUCCGAGACGGUAGGGUCCUGGUGGGCGGGAGCAACCCGCACGUGGGCUACAGCUUCUCUGGUGUUCUCUUCCCGACGGAGCUUAGCCUGGAGGCGUUCUCGCCAUCGUACUUGGACCCAGGGAACUCUGACCUCCGCCCUAAGAUCCAGGCCCCAGCCUCGCAGGCUCAGCUCAAGUAUGGGCAGAAGUUUGCAGUAGUGUUCACGGUUGCAGGAUCGCUGGCACAGAAUGCAGUGUCGGUGACGAUAGUUGCGCCACCUUUCACGACACACGCAUACUCCAUGAACCAGAGGCUGCUGGUGAUCGGCGGGAAGAAAGUGGCGGCGGCUGCCGGGAAGAACACAUUCUCCGUAGAGGCAGUUGCACCGGCCUCGGCCACUCUAGCCCCCUCGGGUUAUUACCUUCUGUUCGUGGUUCAUCAGAUGGUUCCCAGCGAGGGCAUUUGGAUAAAGAUUGACUGAAAAGGUCUAAUCAUAUUCACCCAAAAAAAAAAAAAAGUUUCUAAAUUCGUUGUUUCCCAAUCACAUUGAUGUCUUGUCAAAAUGUUACCUUUUAUUUGUCAGUGUAAAAAGAAAAAUAAAAAAGCAACUAUGUUCAGGCAGAAGGGUAACCGUAAGAUACGGAAGAUUAUGAGGGAAUAGACCAUCCAGUAAGAAUGAUGGAUGGUUUGAAUCUCCUAUAUUAAUUUUAUACUAUGAAUAAUUGUUCUCGAAUUAAAUUACAGAACAAUUGUAAGAUGUUGAUGUGUAAUUGUCAAAUGUGAAUCAGGAGAUGUAAUGUCUGUAUAUAUCAGUAUAAAUGCAUGAACUGAUA